AUCCGUGGAAGUCGUAAGGCUGUGGUCGUUACGAAAAAGACUUACUUACGGAAAGAGUGGUGUAAAACGCAACCGUUAAAGCAAGUCAUACGUGAGAAAGGAUGUUUACGGACAACUGUAAUCAACAGUUUUUGUUACGGCCAAUGUAACUCGUUCUUUAUUCCGAAAUCAGACAAAUCGGACGAAAAUCCUGCUGCGUUUAUGUCAUGUGGAUUCUGUAAACCCCGAAAGUACCGAAUGAUAAUUGUGACAUUACGAUGCCCUGGUAAAAAGGGCAUGCGAUUCAAACGGAAACGAGUCAUGAGAAUCAAGAAAUGUCGCUGUAUGGCUGUAGAUGUGAAC